AUGUCUGCAUACCACAACCCUGAUUUGGCCGAGUGCUACGACCCCUGCGUCCGAUUUUCCUUCGGCGAUGGGCCAGCCCAGGAUGUACCCAUUUUUGAGGGAAACCUGCAAGGGAUCAUGUUGUCCAGACCGGCUGACGCAAAGGUCAACAUCGUCAGCAUAGGCACCAGAUCUGGACGAGUGCCAAUUCACCUUCUGGAUAUCGUGAAAGGGAACGGUGAUAGUGAAUUUACGAUCACUGGCAUCAUGCCUAGCUCUGCUAUGCUGGAUCGCGCGAGGAGGCUCUGGGCUGACGCACUGGAGAAGAGGAGGGCCCAUGCGAAGGACCACUGGGUGCAGUCCAGUGCUACGGAUUUUGUGGACGCAGUACUGGAGUGGCGAAGGGGCAGAUCUGGUUAUCUCUGCAGUGUUGAAACCCGGAGCGGGUGCUGUUGUCUCGAUCCUGCGGGACUUCAUGCCUUCCACCGCGGUCGAUUAUUCGGCCAAGCCUUCCAGCGACGCGCCUGCUCACAAUGCUUCUCCGCCCGCUUCCCAAACUAUCAAGGCGCCCUUCGGAUCCCCUCGGUAGACUACCCUAGUCUCGUGUACGUCAAGCACCCGAUGACGGAGAAGCUGGAGAAUGGUAUCAGGACCGAGAGCUUUAGGUUGGAUGUUGAAAAUGGCUAUGGGCAUGUACUUCGACAUCAUGGGUUGAGUUGGGAUGCGAACAUGGUUGGCAAAGGGCCUGGGAUAAUUCAGUCGACAAGGCAGGGUUGA